AUGUUUAUCAAUUUCAGAGGUUCAGAUACUCGCACAAACUUUGUCAGUCUGCUUUACAAUGCUCUAAUAAAAGCUAGAAUCGAAGCAUACAGAGAUAACGAAGAACUCUUGGAAGGAGAAGAGAUUUGCCCAUCUCUUCUAAGAGCUAUCCGAAGGUCUGAAAUCUCGAUUCCUGUCAUCUCUGAAAAAUAUGGAGAGAGCAAAUAUUGUCUCUUGGAACUUGCUGAGAUUUGGGAGUGCCGUAAAUCUAACGGUCAAACCAUUCUACCUGUAUUCAUUAAUGUUGAACCACGGGAUGUUCGACAUCAGACUGGAAGUUUUGAGGUUCCAUUUCAGGAACACCAGAGGAAGUAUAAGCCUGCUAUUGUAGAGAGCUGGAAGAAUGCUUUGAAAGAGGUGGGAGAUCUAAAGGGAUGGACUCUCAAGGGGGACGCAACCAUUGAGGAUCAGUCAAAUUUAGUCGAGUUAAUUGUUCAAACGGCUUUGAGAGUACUAAAACGCACCCCAUUGGAUGAAUGUAAACACCCUGUUGGAAUAGAUUCCCACAUUGAUAAACUACUUCCUUUGUUAAAUACUGUUUCCGAUGAUGUAAGAUUUGUGGCAAUAUGUGGCAUGGGCGGCCUUGGAAAGACAACUAUUGCAAAGGCUGUCUAUAAUUGCAUCUUUAGAAGCUUUAAUGGAAGUAGCUUUCUUAUAGAUGUGAGAGAAGAAGCUUCACAAGGAAAUAAGGGUUUAGUUUCUUUGCAGAAGCGACUUCUUAAAGAUAUCUUGGACAGGGACGAAGACAUAAGCAAUUCUUCUCAAGGAUCAAAAUUGUUAGAAAAGAGACUUCAUAGAGAAAAAAUUCUUCUUAUUCUCGAUGACGUGGACAAUUAUAAACAACUUGAUGCAUUAGCUGGUGGAAUAAAUUGGUUUGGUCAAGGAAGCAGGGUCAUCAUAACAACUAGAGAUGACCAUUGUUUGAAUGUACAUAAAUCUGAUAAAGAUAUCAAAAUAUAUAAGCCUAAAGAACUAAAUGCUGAGAAUUCUCUUCAACUCUUUAGUUUGCAUGCCUUUUCAAUGAGCAAACCUCCUGAAGAUUUUAAGGAGCUUUCAUGUGAAGUCGUGCAACAUGUUGGUGGAUUACCCCUAACCCUAGAGGUGUUGGGUUCUUUUCUAUGUGACAAAAACAAAGAUGAAUGGAAAGAUACAUUAAGAGGAUUGAAAGAUAUCGUUGAUAACAAGGUCUCUGGAAUGUUGAUAAGAAGCUAUGAUGAUGAGGUCUUUGCAAGGUUGAUGAUAAGUUACGAAAAACUAAGUGACCAAGCAAAAAUCAUAUUUCUUGAUAUUGCAUGCUAUUUCAUUGGGUGGAAAGCAGAUUGCCUUUUAUAUUCUUAUCCUUGGAAUGGAGAAGAAGCAAUUCCAUUAUGGGAAGCUUGUGAGUUGAAUCCAAGAUUAGCCAUAAAAGAACUUACUCAAAAGCACCUCCUAAAGAUUGAUGAUCAUGGCAGAUUGAGAAUGCAUGAUGAACUUCGAUUUAUGGGAAGAAGAAUUGUCUUGAAAGACAUCAAUGGGGAUCCUACCAAGCGUACCAGAUUGUGGUCUGCUAAUGAGAUCUUAGAAGUAUUAGAAAAAGGCAAGGGAACUCAAAUGGUUGAAGGUAUCCUCCUUCCGUCUGGAGUGGAAAUAGAUGAUUUAAGCUUUGAUGACUUUGCCAAGAUGCCCAAUUUAAGAUUUCUCAAAGUUGACAAGAAAAUCAUCACUGGGGAUUUUUCGCACCUUCCUUCUAAAUUAAGAUGGUUCAGUUACCAGUUUGCCCGUUUGAAAAUUCCACCAGUCAAUUUUUAUCACGAUGAACUAGUUCAUCUUGACUUAUCUUGGAGUUACAUCAACAUGGAAUGGAAUGAUAGACCUGAAAAUAAUACAAAGACUCUACCGACUUCUUCUCAUGGUUUCCAUGUUUACAAAGAUUGGAUCUGA